CUGUCCAUCACAGUGAGCCGUGGGGCCAGUGGAGAGCCAUGGCCCUGAGCCUGCCGAGCAGGGAGCAGUGUGAGAACUGGGACCCGACCGAGGUGGCCAGCUUCCUGAGCCAGAAUGGGAUGUGGGAAUGUGCCUCUACUGUGAGCAGAAUGAACAUGGAUGGAAGCUGGUUUCUGAAUAUCACAGACAUUGAUCUCAGCAGAUUUAGUCCUAUACACAGACCGCAACUACAGAAGAUGGUUCAGGACAUCAAAAAGAAUGAUGACAGCAUCCUCAACAGACUGAAAAGGUUUCAGAAUGAGCAAGCAGCUCUCAUUCGCAAAACUGGAAGAAGUACAUUGGACCGGAUGAAAAACAAGGCACCUCCUCGAUUACCUGACCGAGACUACAGAGAGGACAAUGGAGACGGGAAGAUCAGUUCCGGAUCAGACUUUGACAGUGACACAUAUGAGGACCCACAGGCUGAGAAUGAUGACAGCUACGAGCCACCACCAUGUGAGAGAGUUUUCAACCCCACCUCCUCCAUGUCUGUACACAGAGAGGAGUACGCAGACAGGUGUUCCAGGCGGCCGAGCCCAGCUCCUCGCAUUGCUCAGCGACAGUCGCGACCCCGACCCCCUAUUCUACCCACCAGGACCCAGUCAGAAGAGGAGGAUGAGGAUUAUGUUGAGCCAGAAGCAGCCACUGAUGAUGACUACAUUGAGCCGUCAGGAAAUUCUCUGCACCCUCCUGUGAACAGAGUUAUGAAGCCAAUGAGGCCCCAUUGUGUAGCACCACCAGAUGUAUAUGAGGUUCCGGACACAAAUGAUGGUGUCUCAAUGUCAAGGUCCAGAUCUCAACUUCAGCCUCCCUCACAGAGGAGACCCCCCAGACCCAGCCCACGACUGCAUAAGCGGAAGCCAGCACCUCCGCCCAAGCCAGAACCUGUUGAUGCUGAUGAUGAUGAUGAAGAAUAUGAGAUCUGCGAUGGAGUUGAAAAAAUGAGUGUAAAGACAGAAAAACUUGCUCCUACACCUCCCAUGCCUCUUCCAAAAACGAGGAAAAAUCUACUGGCAAAACCGAAACCACCAAGCAUUCCAGGCACCAGAGACCAUGAAGCCUCACUCCAUGGACGGCCAAGUCCACCAGAACCCCAGUCACGGUCUCCACGCAGGGAUUUCCACCUGGCCAGGUUUUCUGUACCUCAGGCAGCAACAGAGAAUGAAAGUAGAGAAUCAGAGGAGAAAGCCGGUGUUCUCAAGAAACCCUGGUAUACUACCACGUGUGACCGUAAGAUGGCUGAAAAAGCGUUGUUGCGUGCAAACAGGGACGGAGCAUACCUGGUGAGAAAGAGCUCGGGGCAUGACACACAACAGCCUUUCACCCUGGUGGUGUUCUACAACGGUCACGUCUACAACAUCCCCAUCCGCUUCCUCCCCACCUCACAGCAGUAUGCCCUGGGCAGGGAGAAGAUGGGAGAGGAGCAUUUCAGCUCCGUCUCGCACAUCAUUGAGAACCAUCAGCGCAACCCUCUGGUUUUGAUUGACAGCCAGAGCAACACCAAAGACUCCACCAAGCUGCUGCAUCCCAUCCAGGUCUGAGAGUCCUGAUGUGGGGCUUCAGCAGAGGCCGGAAGCAAUAUGGCUCUGGACGUCAGGUCUUAACUCCGAAAAGGCCAAUGUACAGAUGAACUGUGUCUGAAACUGACCAAAACUUUACUCAGUGUAUACGCAGACCAUGACUUGACUCGGAAGUAUGGAUAUACAGUAUGUAGGGAUGUUUUAAUGUACCGUGGAUGUAGUAAUACCAGGGAUGACAUGUUUAAACAGAGCACAUGUACAUUCCGUUGGACUGUUAACAUUGCUAUUAUGUUCUAUAAAUUCAAUUGGAGUUUUCA